UUUUAUAGUGUAUUUUUCCGCUUUGCGUGGUGGCUAUAAUGAUGAACCCCAUCCCGGAACUGUAUUCUGAAGGUGUAUGUUUCAUACCGAUUCUGUUUUAAGCACGUACAAAGUUGAAGGUCGAAGGGCACUGUGUGGCAUGGUGACAUUGGAUGUAUUGGUGUAACGUAUUUUCAUCUGUAAUUAAUGAUGUAUCGUAGAUGUGUUUUGUUUAUCAGCGGAAACCUGACUGGGAGCCAAAAUGCCAUUUUUGAAUGCUGGGUAUCCAGUAGAGGGGAACUACUAAGACCAGUGAAUCACUGCAAAGGACUGAACAGUUUGUCCAUAGUAAAAUACAUAACAAGGAGGCAUUUCAGGGCAAGUGCUUUCACAGAAAAAGAAAAAGAUCUUCAAACUUCUACACAGGAGCCAAGUACAGCAAACUCAAACAGUAAAGAUGAGGAACAAACUGCUUCUGGAGCUAAAAAAGACAACUUGCUCAAUCUGAUUGGUGGCAUGAAGGUGGAACUAAGCACAAAGAAACGGUUUCAGGCUUUGAAUAUGCAGAAAACAAAAGAGCAAAGAAAAGGUACUUUGGAGAGCCUGGAGUCUGCUAGUAGCAUGUUUCAGAAAGCAGCAGUAGACAUCAAAUCUGGCAAAAAGGACUCCUUGAGCCCUGAACUAGUGGCCGCAGCUUCUGCUGUUGCGUCCUCAAUGCCUGAGCAUUUGAAAAAGCAGACUGAAUCUGAAUUGCUUCAGCAGUUGAGGAAACACGAAACUGAAAGUUUAGAACAGAAGAAUGAGGAAAGCAGCAGUAUUGGCAACAUCAUUGCAGAUAUGAAAGUUGGAAAGCACCCUGGGAACCGAGCUGCGGGAAGGGCAGCCAACCAGAUUCAAUUUGAUGAUGAUGGGCGAGGCUACAAUCUUGAAAAAGGUGUUCGUGAAAUUAAUGGCAUCAGAAGACGGAAGGGCUUGUAUGGUGGAAAACGGCUAAAUAUAUUUCCCCUAACAGAUACAGGCACAGCAAAACCACCACAAACAGGACUAGAAGAGGAAAAGAAUGUUGAGUUCUAUGAACACAUCUUUCUGGAAAAGCACUUGGAAGGCUUUCCAAAAAGUGGACCAAUUCGCCAUUUUAUGGAGCUUGUUGUUGUUGGCUUGUCAAAGAAUCCAUGUUUAACAGUGCAGCAAAAACUUGGUCACAUUGAGUGGUUUCGCAAUUACUUCCAGGAAAAGGAGGACAUUCUGAAAGAGUACAAUGUGUACCUCAGCUGAAGAUGAAACUCAAGUAACUGCUGUAAACAUGUAGCUGUCUUUAGAAGUGAAUUGGACUACUGCAGUUUUUCAUUUUCCUUUCUUGAUGUAUUCAGUUUGUUAUAUUGCAUUAGUAAUAAAGCAGGCUUGCCAUCUUGAUGACUUUUUCCCCUUGAA